UCGCGUCAACUUGGCUCAGUCUGGACCUCCCUGUUACGCAAUUCCGGUUGAACGUCAAAUUCGGACUUGACCGAAGAGGCUGACUGAAUUUCGGACGGUGUUUUCUGGCUAGUCCGGUAGACCCAGGUACCAGCAACAGAAAUGUCUUUUAUACUUGAUUGGCUCUAUAGAGGAUUCAGCAAUGUUCUACAGUUGCUUGGUCUCUACAAAAAGACUGGGAAGCUUGUAUUCCUUGGUUUGGAUAAUGCAGGGAAAACAACAUUAUUGCACAUGCUUAAGGAUGAUCGACUUGGCCAGCAUGUCCCAACUCUACAUCCGACCUCAGAAGAGUUGACUAUUGCUGGGAUGACAUUCACAACAUUUGAUCUGGGUGGCCAUGCACAAGCAAGACGAGUGUGGAAGAAUUACCUACCAGCCAUUAAUGGAAUUGUCUAUCUUGUGGACUGUGCUGACCAUGAGCGCCUAGUUGAAGCUAAAAUUGAACUUGAUGCCCUUUUAACUGACGAGACCAUCUCAAAUGUCCCAAUACUCAUUUUGGGGAAUAAAAUCGAUCGCCCAGAGGCUAUAAGUGAAGAUGCAUUAAUAGGAAUGUUUGGCCUUUAUGGCCACACAACUGGAAAGGGAAAGGUGAACUUGAAAGAACUGAACUUGAGGCCAAUGGAGGUGUUUAUGUGCAGUGUGCUGAAGAGACAGGGUUAUGGUGAAGGCUUCAGAUGGCUUUCUCAGUACAUUGAUUGAUGUUACCUGAUCUAAUUUAGUUUGUAGCAUCUGUUGUAGCAUCUGUAAUUUAUUAUUUUUCUGACUAUGGAGAAGCCCCUACCUAAAACAUUUUCAAAUUUAUUAAUGUACGCAAAAGUUUUAACAAUGGAUGUAUAUAGCCUAUGGCAGUUUCUGAGCAGAACAACCAACAUGCAGUUCAGAACUACAACUCUCUGGAGUAUGCAGCCAUCAAUGUCAUUGUCUAUUUACAGGGUAAAACAAAUAAUCACAUCAAGGCAGUUUACAUGGCUGGAGUUAUUUUUAGGUAUUCAUAUAGAGUUACAGGGAGACAUGUCUCUCACAUUCUGUGUAGUUUAUUUUCCUUUGUGCCUAUUAUGACUGCCUGCACAUCACUCACCCUGCCAAAGACAAUUACCGUGCCUUCAAAAUAUGUAUUUUACAAAGUGCUUGAAAUAUCUUGAUAUCUACUUGUACUAUCAUUAGCUUGAAUUAAUUGUUUGAAAUCACAGUGUAUUAGGUGUAAUAUAUUACACAAUAAUGUCAUAUUUAUUUCUAUUUAUUGUUAUGACACGGAACAAUAUAGGCUUAGUAAGAUUUUAUUUACUCAUUAUGUAAAUAAGACUUCAUUCAAUAAGGCCACUGAAAGCCACACGCUUCUAAAAAUACAAUCGGUCAGUGACAAGAAUAUAGAGAUGAGGCCUAAACUUAAUAUGCUGACAUAUAUUCUGUGUCUGGCAAUGCUAAAAUGCGACCUCAUUUUAUUCUAGUGAUCUAGAAAGGACUCAGGACAAACAGUUAGGUGUUACCUGGUUCCAGGUGCUGUAAAUGCCAAGCAGUUCUCAUUAGUAUUUGAAUAACGUAUUCUAUUUAUUUGUUUAUGAUGCAAGAUUUCUUUUUAUAUUUAUAUUUAAAUAUCAUUUUUGGCAAGAAAUGGUUACUGUACACUAUAAAACCAUGUCUGAACUUCCAUAGGCAAAAUGAUGAUGAUGUUAAUUUAUUGAGUACUUUUUGACUAUCAACUGCUUUUGGUAUGCAGUUCAGAUAUGAGAGUACACAAACAAUAAAUGUUUAACCCUUGACUAAAUAA